UAUUUAGGUUUGCCGCACCUGUACACGCGUUUAUCUGUUCUGGAAACCAUUCAUGACGGCAACUCUUCGUACGUGAAAUUGUCACAUCUGAUAUUUUCGGUUGUGUGUUUUCUGACUUAAUUAGAUUCAAUUCGUCGACACAAAUUUAUUUCAAAUUACAUUAAUUUCAAAUUAUUGAAUCUUAAAUUAAAUAUAUGUAAAACAUAAUUAAAAUAUUAAUUUGAAAUAUGGAGCACUUCGGGUUUUCGUUUUAGUUUGUGAAUUGGCAGUACAGCCUAAAAGUCAGAAUCGCCUUGAAUUGACUUCCCAAGUUCCCAGGUUUCCAGUCAGGAGAAAUGAGAACGAGCAAGGAGAAUAUAGUUAUAAAAUUUUUCUAAAAUUUCCUUGAGUGCAAUAAUUUAGAUUUUACGGUGCAUCGAGUAUUAGUUGUGCUUAAAUCACAUUUUUGCCGAGGAAAAAUAUAAGGCAUGCAUCGCCAUGACCGAGCACAUAGUGCAGGAGUGGUUGGCUGACUAUAAUGCUCUGAGCCCAGAGGAGGUUCACAGUUUUGCUAGCAGUUUGCAUCAUAAUGAAGAACUUGUCAAUGCAUUAUACACUGUAUUAGAGGAGCGGAAUCGUUUCCAGGAGUUGAUUGACCCAGUUUGCACUCAGUUGUUUGGUUUCUAUCGUUCACGGGAAGUUGAACUUCAACGAUUCACUCUUCAGUUUCUUCCUACAUUAGUUUUUGUGUAUCUCAAUUCAGUGGCUCAUGGAGACAAAAAGAGUUGUCGAAGUGUGGAGACCCUUCUUAUUGGAUUAUAUAAUCUGGAGGUUGUGGAUGAAAAUGGUCAGCCAAAAGUGGUCUCUUUUCGUUUGCCUUCUUUGGCUCGAGACUCCAUAUAUCAUGAGCCAAUGAGCCUAGCACCUGCUUCGCUUACUGAAAGUGCUCUUCGUCGCCUUGAAGAAUGUGACACUAAAUUGGUGAGUUGGGGACCUCUGCCUCAAGUGGAAGCAUUAAAUGCCCAGAAUCGUCUGAAAGUUAUGACAGCAUUGUUAUUUGUGUAUAACCAUCAGCUAAGUUUAAUGCACAAGUCUGCUUUGGAACACUUGUGUAAAGUUUCUUCCAAGUUGGUGACACAAGGGUUCAACAAGCCUGGCCAUCAUCAGCGUUCUUCAUAUGGUAGUGAUUCCAGCUUUGUUCCUCGUUUACUACCACGUAUCCCAGUGUCAUCUCAAUUUCUGCUGGAAUUUGUUAAUGCAUUGUAUUUUGCCAUGUUUAAUGGAUUUAGCUACAUUGCAACACAGGCCCUGGAAGAUAUAUAUAAUCGUGCUUGUUAUGAAUGUUUUGCAGAAGUGGUGUUGGUGACAAAUGCAAUUCGCAAUUCUCUGCAAGUCAAUCCAUCAGGUCAACCUGGUGAUGGCCCAAUGGGAAUAAGUGUGGCUCUGUCGCCUGCAACCACGACUGUUACAACAGUUUCCAAGUCAAUGAUAACAAAUGCAUCUUUCCGUACAAAGAAACUACCAGAUGACAUCCCUAUCCAAGAACCUAAAGACGAUGCAGGUGGUGAUGGAAAUAAAAACUUGGGAUCUAUCUCUGAAGAACAAGAAGAGCCUGAAAAGCUCACCCCAAGAGGAAGUUCCAUCAGAGCACGUGAUUUGGCAGGAAAGAAGUUGCCAAACUUCCCUGGUCUUGGCAAGAAGACUAAAGAAUCCAAGGCUGGAAUGAAGAAUGGAACACCUAUAUCUCUGGAAAAGAAAGAUUCCACAAAUGAAGGAAAGAAGACUCCAACAAUAACACCUCAACCUGGCUCCAGUAAAGAUGGUAGUAAGAAUUUGUCUGGUGCCAGAGGAGCCCUUCUUUCCAUGGUUAUGAAUGGUGAUUCUGGAUCUUCAGAAAUGGAUAGCUCCGGUAGGAAGAAAAGCGUAGUUGUAGGGCCUGCAGAAAAUGUCAAUGGGCCUGUGUUACCUGAUGGUGCAAUUGCUAAUGGCAAUGUGAGCUCUGUGGUCACUUGUGACCAAGAGAAGAGUAGUGUUAUGACUAGUGAUUCCUUGGUCACGACCAGUGACCUUAGCGGCCCCUUAGAUUCAGGGUCAUUAUUCACUGGUGAAUCUAUUGAUCUCUCUGCAGCAGAUAGUGAAGAGAAGCUUACAGAGUCUUCUCCAUUAAGUCACAAGGUUGAGAUGGAGAGUCGUUCACCAUUGCAGGUAAGCACUGUGUAAAGAGCAUGAAUAUGACAUCCAUAGUUUGGUAUCUGUAAUAGUACACCAGGAAUGGCAAUAGUGUCUUUUAGAAACACAUAAUGUUUACUCAAUUAUAGGUUACACUUUUUGUUAAUUCAGGGAUCAAAGUGGCAUUUGGCCACUCACUACAUGUUGAAUAUGUUUGUGUGUACUAUUCUCUACUUGUGCCUUGUAAUUGAGUAAAUAACUUCUGAAUAAUGUUUUAGAAAGCUGAUUGUUUUUGUCAGAGAGUAGAUGGACGUAUCUUAGAUAUUAAUUUACUACAUGUGUAUUUGUGUAUAUUGAAAGAAUUGGGGAGUAUGAUUACAAAACGAUUAAAGAAAAAUUUAAUGAAGUGUCUAAUGUUAUCAGAAUAAUUUUAUAAAGUAAAAAGUGUUAUCUGCAUCUCCAGUUGAAAAGACUGUUUAAGAAGUAAUUUGUCUUUGUUGGAAAUCAUUUAAAUUGUAGAUAUGAAAACCUCAGGGGUUUUACUUAUCGGAGAUCACUUAUAAUUAGUUGUAAAUAUGUUAGAAUAGUAUGUAAUUAGUUCUGUGUACCAAAGAUAUUUGGUAAAGGAAGUGCUCUUAAUUUUUUUUUCACUGCUGUGUAAAACUUCUGAAAUUGCUAAGAUUUAUGAAAGCAGCAUUGUUACAAUGAAAAGAGCCUUUGUUAAACUUCUCUUUAUCCCCAGAAAUUUUCUGGUGCAAAGUUAAACAAAAUAUUAUUCUAAAAAGCAGAAACUAACAAGAUGGUGCUAUUUAUUGUAUAAAUUAGUUAAUUGUAGUUUUGACAUUGACUUUGAAAACGUUCUGCUUUGAAGUCUACGUCUGAGCUAGUUUCUCAAAAGAAAAUUUAAGUAUUACCUAUUAGUGAAACUGGUCCUGUUCUUACAUAAUUGUUCAAAAUCCUGUUUUAUUUAUAGUAUAAUUCAUUUAUGUUGAAAUGGAAAAUAAACACUUGAUUUCACUGAUAUUAUUACUAGUUCUUGUCUGAUAAGCAAGUCAACUGACAUCUAGAAAUUAUUCUAUAUUGAAGUAGAAUAUCCAUCUUACAGAAUUUGUUAAACAAAAAAUUGGCCAUCACCAUUUGUUGUCUAUAGGAGGGGUGGUUUUUCAUGCAAGGUGAGAACCUUGCAUGACUCCGUAAAAUCCAGUCAACAUUUGCAGCAAACUUUAUUACUGUCCUACCUUCAAUCUCUUUUUCUGCUAGGUUACUCUUAUUUGAAGAAAUAGUUCUAUGAGAAGUAUUCAAAAGACCUCCUGUUUUAGUAAAUAAAUAAAUAAAUAAGGGAUCGUUAACAUUGCCCACAGGAUUGCUUUGGCCUAGACUGAGAAGCACCCAUUCAUUUCCGAGAUUGACUCACUACUUCCGUUACUAGUGCCAUAGCAUUACAUCUACCUCAUUUAUACUGUGGCUUCUAGUAAGUGUUUUCUUUUAGAAAUAAGUAACGUGCUAUCUCUUCUUAAGUUCUUGAAGAAAGUAGUGAGGACACUUUAAUAUAUUGUGUUUUUGAAUGGUGUGUUUUCAUUGAAAAAUCUACUUCAAGAAAAAAAAAUUGACUUGAUUUCUUAUUUUUUUCUUACCAAACUCUCUUUUUUCAAGAGAAGCUUCUGACUUCUAAUGUUUAAUUUUGAUCAAUCUUCUCCAAAAAAAUUAUUUCAAAAGAAUAUAAAUUAAAAAUAUUGAUCAUCAAACAUUGUUCAUCAUAUUGAGUGGAAGUAAAUAUGAUGAGACACCAAUAUCUCAAUAUGAUAGUAAUAUUAAUUUUACUGACUUCUCUGGAAUUGGCUAUGAUGUUGUAGUGAGUGCUGUAAUUUUUGGGGUGAUAACUAUUUUGUUGGUAGGUAAUGUUUUUUUAUUUCCCUAAGUAAUACUUGUGGAUUUAUUGAGAAUUCCCAAAGUACUCAUGGUAUCUAGAUGACUAUUUUAUUAGUAAAUAUGCUAAUA